AUGAUCAAGGUUGGCUUGGGAAAGUCUUUCACCGCGACGCGUCCUGGUAUGAAUGGCGCUGCAAACGACGAUUUGUUCGUCGGAUGAAGACGCAAGGCUUGCUGGUACGCGUGCUGCCCAAGCAUCGACUUUGAUUCGCAAAGGCUCCAUGGUGGCAUGCGUGUGGUAAUCGUUCCCAUCGAUGAAUGUCGCUGUCUGGCAGAGACACAUUUGGAUAAUAAUGUCUUCGAUCAGCUGCGUUAUGCGAACAAGCUGGCAAAGAAGAACAUCAGAUGGACCGCCCUUGCUCUCCAGGACCUGGACACAGUCUUGAAGAUGGGAGUCCCAGGGAACUGGAUUCGACCGCCGUGUACUAAUGGACGAGGUCGACAAUGCUACGAAGCAGGCAAGCCAAGUACGCCGUGCAUCCAGAGACGAAGGAUCCUGAUGCCGGUCGAAAUACGCCACUGGCGAGGGCUGCAACGAAGGUCCCGCAACUCCAAGAUCAAUGGCCAUAUCAGUAGCAAGCUGUAUGAGUUGGUAACAACUCCCUUGUUGCCCCUUGCGCGUGGUCUUGUUCCAAAAGGCAGCUACGAGCAACGCUUGAACGAGCUCGAGGGAUCUCUGUCCUCUACCAAUCAACUCAUCACCGAGUAUGUGCAUUGUCUCCCGCACGAGCUCAUCAUGUACUUCGAGCUCGGUACCUUGUGUCUCCUGCGUGACAGAGUACACCAGCACGGAAAGCAGUAA